AUACUUUUUCACACUAGAAAUUGAAAAAAAGUUGUCACUUUUGUUUUUGUUCACUUUUUUCCGAUUCAGCUUCUCACUGUUUUUCUCUACUCUUUAUACUCAGGUAGUAGCUUCACAAAACCCAUUUCACAUUUUAAAGUUCACACAAGUUCUUAGCGGUAAAAAUGGCGGAGGGAAGAGGUUCCACUCUUGUGCACCUUUUAGUAGUUGUUUUCUGCUUAGUCGCAUUUGGGUUCGCCAUUGCCGCUGAGAGAAGAAGAAGCGUUGGAACCAUCAACAUAACGGCAGGAACAAAUGAAACAUACUGUGUUUACAAUUCAGAUGUUGCAACUGGUUAUGGUGUGGGUGCUUUCCUGUUUCUUCUUUCAGGUGAAUCACUACUUAUGGGCGUGACAAAGUGCAUGUGCUUUGGGAGGCCUUUAACACCGGGUGGAAAUCGAGCCUGGUCCAUCAUAUAUUUUCUUUCAUCUUGGGCCACUUUUCUUGUUGCAGAAUCAUGCUUAAUAGCCGGUGCAACAAAGAAUGCGUAUCACACCAAAUACCGAGGAAUAAUUUAUGCACAGAACUUCUCUUGUGAAAGUUUGAGGAAAGGAAUAUUCAUUGCCGGAGCAGUUUUCAUUGUGGCAACCAUGAUUCUUAAUGUAUACUACUACAUGUACUUCACCAAGGCAUCCACAACUCUGCUUUCUCAGAAGGCCAAUCGGGUUAGUUCCUCAGUUGGAAUGACCGGAUAUGCGUGAUGGCGCAUUGAUGAAUCAUAGAAGUGUAACAAAUUUUGAGUCUUCAUUUCAAUGGACUGUCUCUAUGAUUUUCUUUACUUGGUAAAACAGUGGUUUUGACUUUGUUUUGCUUAGUUAACCGGUGUUUAUAAUGUCUGGUGAAUGUUGCUGCUCAGAGACAAGUUAUUAUACCAUUAUUAUUGAAGUUUAGGCAAAGUCUAUAUUAAGCUAAAUUUGUGGAA